GGCUCUUCCCUCCUCCCCGCGCCUCCUCCUUAGCUUGGCUCACCAACUGAUGGAAACUCAAUGGAGGACCGUGAGCUAAAGCGCACCUUUCUUAAACCUCCUGCCCUGCCCUGCCCGGGGACAGAAACAGUAGACUGGGGCGCGGUAGCAAAAAACCCCGAGCUGUUCAAAGGAACCCAAGGCGGGAUACAUAAUCCUCCUCCCCUCCAUGUUAUCCUCACAACAACAACCCUGUGAGACCAUGGCAGCUCUUUUGAGGAGCCUGCUGGCUGCCUCGGAAAAGGCGGCCCGCAUUGCCCAGCUGUGUCGCCAGGAGGAGGCGCUCUUCAGCUUGCUCAUCGAGGAGAAGAGAGGUGCAGACAAGAACAAGAAAUUCCUGCAGGACUUCAAGACCUUGGCGGAUGUGCUCAUCCAGGAGGUCAUCAAGCAUGACGUGGGAAAGGAGUUUCCAGAACUACAAGAUCAUAUUCGUGGUGAAGAGUCCAACAAAUUCGAAAAUGGCCUUGGGGAGACCGUGGUGGUUCAGGUUUGUUCCACCCAAGAGGAAACAGCGGCUCUCCUGCAAAAAGUCCUGGACCGGAAUUGGACAGCAGCUGAGUUGCUGGCUGCUGCUAUACACCAGGAGAUGGUGCUUUCAGACCCAGCGCUGGAUGAUGUCACCAUGACAAUCUCAACGGAGAGCCUGGCUGUGUGGAUUGACCCCAUAGAUUCCACCAAUCAGUACAUCCGUGGGUGUGGCAACGUGGUGCCUGUGGAUGGCAUCUACCCAUCAGGGCUUCACUCAGCACUGGUGCUGAUAGGGGUGUACAACCGUCACUCCGGCGAACCCAUCUUAGGUAUCAUCAAUGAGCCCUUCUUCCAGGAAGCGCUACCAGCACACCGGUGGCAGAGCAAAUAUUAUUGGGGCAUCGCCUACAGAGGCACCAACCUGAGCUCGCUAAGCCAGCCUCAGCUGCAGGCUUCCCCCCGCGUGGUGCUGAGCAGCAACGAGAAAGCCGGGCUGCAGAAGGCCCUGGCGCCUCUCUACGGGGAGCAGCUCUGCUUUGCCUCUGGCGCCGGCUACAAGAUGUUGUGUGUGGCCCUGGGCCUAGCAGGCGCUUACGUCCUCUCGGAGGGCAGCACCUUCAAGUGGGACUCCUGUGGCCCCCACGCCAUCCUGCGGGCCCUCGGGGGAGGCAUCAUCGAUCUUUCAGAGGCCUUGAGGGCGUGGCGGGCUGGUGGACGCGACCGGCUGCCGGAACUGACUUACCACAAGCCCGUGGAGGGCUCUGUGGGUGCUGAGCGCUGGGCCAACCAAGGAGGCCUCGUGGCCUAUGUCUACCCUGAGCACCUCAAGGCUGUGAUGGCCACUCUGGCAGUGGCUGAUGCCUUCUAGAAGCCCUUCUCUGGGUGGGUGUAGCCCAGGGCAUUUGUCUCUGCAUGAAGGGGGGAAGCCAAUCACCAGGCAUGGAGCUCUGUGACUCAGAUUUUCUCAACAUGGGACCAAUCGGUUAUUGAUGGAGGCAGCAUGCCAGCAUGGGUUGGCAUGGAUCUUGUACCUAUCACAUGUGGCUUUUCUCUGCUGUUUGAGUCAUUGGAAUCCUCACUUCUGGGGCAAGGCAAGCAACCAGGUAGGGGAUCUUAAAUUGCUUCCCCAUCCCAAGCCUACUUCAUAUAUUGCUCCUCUCGCAUGGGUAAUAUGCAUUAUGGGUAACCCAGUAAACAUGCACUGGGACCAUUGAAUAAUUUCCGUUCAUACUUGCUUUAGCCCUCAGUAGGUGCUUCCAGAUGAGGCCUUUAUUGUGCAAUUGCCCAGCCUCAUUCACAGAAUCUCAUGGCGGCAGUGUCCAGACGAUGACUGCUUCCAUUUGUAGUGCUGUCAUGUUUCACCAACACCACUUAUUUUGUCCGUUAAGGAAAAUCCGUUAAGGGGGGAAAGAUGGAAUCGCUGCACAACGUCUUCUGAUUGGUAGUGCUAGAGGCCUCCAUCUAGACGUGCCCGUUGGCCCAGUUCACACGCAAGAAGACACCACUGUGGAUGAAUUUCCCUAGGGGGCUUCUUGUUGCAGCGACAACCACUAUUUUGAAUAUUUGAGUCAAGGUGGGAGUGUACUGUAGCUGGUUGUUAUAUGCGAACUCAGAAAGUGGGUUGUUAGCAUGGUUGACAAGGCACUUGCAGCCCUAAAACAGCUCAUGGGUUUUGUGGGGCUUGUGAACCACCCCAACAACCCAACCUCGCCA